AUGUCUUCAGUAUUUAGCACGCAAAAUUCAAACGUUGCAAGCAACAGGUUUACUAAUCUCUCAGUAAAUUUCCCACAGCAACAACAAAACGUUUCUCAACAGCAAUCAGCGACUCUACAACCUCAGAGCAGUCAGCAAAGUACUUUAGCUUCUCAAGGACAAUUUGUUCAAACAGCGGAUAAGCCACCAAGUUGGUUUAAUAACCCUAGGAAAAGAACAAUUCCUCAAACUAUUAUUAAAAGGACUUCUAAGCCAACUUCAUCUGAGAAUCCGACGCCAGCUUCAAGUUCAGGAAAUAAUGCUUCGACUUCUCAUUCAGGAUUUGGGUCUAUGACUUUUGGGUCUAAAAAGUCGAAUAUUUUUAACUCAAGAACGAAUACGCAGGGAACAGAUGUGCUGACCUCGGGUAAUUUAAUUGACUCAAACGAGGCGCCACCCAUGAAAUCGCUAUACGAUUUACAACGAGAAGACGAGUUUGGAUCUGUUAUGCCUAUGAAUCAUAUGGAAUCUGGGAAGCCAUCUAUAUCUUUGGGCAAUUCCAAAGAUACAACUUCUAUGCGCAAUGUUUUUGAUAGAGAUCUGCGGCCAAAAAACGAUAAAAAGGACGACCAAUCUACUGCAUCAUCGCCAUCCAAUCACAAUGAAAGUGCAGUUCUGGUGUUUGGCUAUCCGGAAUCGAUAUCUAAUCAAGUGAUAAUACAUUUUUCUAAGUUUGGUAGCAUAUUGGAAGACUUUGAAGUAUUGAGGGGUGUCUCGGGCAUGAGUGUCUCUACAAUGAGAGUACCUACAGGCCUGGCUGCAGAUAACAGAAAGAAGUAUCCUAUAUUUACGGGUGAUGGUUGGAUAAAGCUGACCUACGAUUCACCUUCUUCUGCCCUUCGCGCGCUUCAAGAAAACGGAACAGUUUAUGGCGGCUGCUUAAUCGGUUGUGUUCCAUAUACCAAGCAAGCAGUGGAACAGCUAGCGUCUUGCAGGAUUGAAAAAGCAGAUGAUAUCGGCGGAGUGAAUUUCAGUGUUGCCCAGACGCCAAACAAUUCUCUAUCUAACCCAAAUUCGAAUAAUGAGCCACAGCAAAUGCCGCAACCGCACGAAGAAGAACAUGCGAGAUUUACGUUUUCAACAAGAAAAAUGGACAUAAAAGAUGGCAAAUCUCUGUUUGUACAUAAUGGAAACGUUCAUAAUCAUAACUUUUUGAAAAAUCUUGAAGACAAAAUAAAACAGCACGAAGCACAAACUCAAACCAAUAGUGGAAUUCUACAUAAAAUUAAUAAUUGGCUGUUUGGUUGGAAUGACUUGUGA